CGGGUGCAGACAAAUGACGCGUUAGCUACCGGUAGAGCGGGAAGCCCGGCUGCUGUGGUGUUGCUCCGUCAGGAAUCACCGACUGACUCAGACAGACUCGCCCACCUUCGAGACUUGCUUUUUUUACCCUCUCUUCGUUCUGUCACUAACGCCGAGCACCAUGGACCGAGAGCACUUUGUAUACCAGGCGAAGCUGGCCGAACAAGCAGAGAGAUACGACGAAAUGGUGGAAUCCAUGAAGAGCGUCGCAGGGAAGGACGUGGAACUGACGGUGGAGGAAAGGAACCUUCUAUCCGUGGCCUAUAAGAACGUAAUCGGUGCACGAAGAGCUUCAUGGAGGAUAAUCAGCAGCAUUGAGCAGAAGGAGGAGAGCAAAGGCGGAGAAGACAAACUCAAUAUGAUCCGCGUAUACAGGCAAACGGUCGAGGACGAGCUGAAAUCGAUCUGUAACGACAUUCUGGAUGUACUGGACAAACACCUCAUUCCUGCAGCCAGCACGGGCGAGUCAAAGGUUUUCUAUUACAAAAUGAAGGGUGACUACCACAGGUACUUGGCAGAGUUUGCUACAGGCAACGACAGGAAGGAAGCAGCCGAGAACAGCUUGGUAGCGUACAAAGCAGCCAGCGACAUCGCCAUGAUCGAGCUGCCGCCGACACACCCCAUCCGCCUGGGGCUGGCACUCAACUUCUCCGUCUUCUACUACGAGAUCCUCAAUUCUCCGGAUCGUGCCUGCAGGUUGGCGAAGGCGGCGUUUGAUGAUGCGAUAGCAGAACUGGACACGCUCAGUGAGGAGAGCUAUAAGGACUCGACACUUAUCAUGCAGCUGCUACGUGACAACUUGACACUAUGGACUUCAGACAUGCAGGGUGACGGUGAAGAACAGAAUAAAGAAGCACUGCAGGAUGUGGAAGAUGAGAACCAGUGAGACGUCACCACUUGGGAAGCCUCUCUCUCUCUCUCUCUCUCUCUCUCUCUCUCUCUCUCUCUCUCUCUCUCUCUCUCUCUCUCUCUCUCUGUCUGUGUGUGUCUCUCUCUCUCUCUCUCUCAACCCUCCCCUCAGGUCUCCGAAACAGCUCCGAAGUCUCUGUCUUUUCCAAUAUUCACUCUUUUUCUCCCGUAUGUCAGGUUUGCGCUCUGCUCUUUUGGGUUACACCCUGGGCAUUUAUAAAUGUUUCUUUUUCUCCCCCUUUCCUGCCCUUGAACAUGGAACUGUCCACACAUGAAUUGACCUCUUGAGUGAAUAGGCAUUGUGGAGAACUUCCCCUGCUGGUUUAUUUUGUAUUAAACUUUUCGAGUGUCGUCUGCGUACGGGCUUGUUUUUAUGUCUCGUUUUGCUUUUAAGUCAGCGUGUGGUAGCGGUACGACGCCGCUGCCUUCGUUUCAUGAUCGGCAGCGUCAUUGCUUCUGUGAUCACACACGUUGCUGACUCUGUCAUGGCAGUUGGGAUGCUAAAUCUCAGCUGUCUGAUCUGGAAGAUGCAACACCCAGCAAAGGGAAUAAAUUUUUCCUUUGCUUGGUUUUUAAAGGGACACCUAUUAAAUUUUAGGUGCCCAUUUUAAAGCAGGCUUUCAGAGCCGUAGUUUUGCCGCCAGUCGACUCCUGUUUUGCACACCAGCUUCUAUGCAGAACAACGAUCCAGCACUAUGUCAACAUGUGCUUCUGCCUGACCAUUCAAGGGGAAAACCAACCCAGGGGAACUCCUCACCUUUUUUGUUUUUCUUUUCCCCUCGUUUAGCUUUGUUCAGAUCCUGGUUUCUUUCCCACAGCUUCACUCCUCUUUCACGCUCCCAUUUUCUCUCUUGCUCUCUACAAUUUUUCUCCUCACCUGUUCAGUAUGUGUAACUUGAAUCUGAUUUGUACUACUGGAUAUUCUGAUUGGAGCCAACACACACCAUCUGUAUUCAACUGAAACACAGCAUGGGAUUAACCUACAAAUAAAACCAAACCUAAGUUAAAAA